AUAAUAGGAGAUUUGCAUAGCAUGUUCAGUUUCAGUUUUCCAUUUCUUGACUGCUAAGUUUAAUGGAAAAUCCAUUCUGCUGUACGCACCAAUUGUCAAACGUUUCAGGUAUUGAUUUUUCAGUGUCAUAGGAGUAGAAAGGCUUAUGGGAUUGAAGUCAAUUCUGGUUUCCAAUUUGUAGUAUCAUUAUUUAAUUAGUAUUAGGAGUAGAAAGGCUUACAGGUAGUAUUUUAACCAGUAGUAUUAUGGUGACAUAGCUAUCUGAGGCUGGCUGGAUUUGGGUCUAUGUUUUAAGCAGUUCUAUGGGGGAUUGACAUUGUCUGCUCAUUUUUAGUUGUGAUAGGCACACAAUACUAUGAUGGGUGGGAGAAUGCAGUCAGAUUGCCCUGUUACUGAUAUUCUGCUGAUUACGGGUCGUGCCAUUGCCAGCUGAUCUUUGGUGGACAAUUCUGGAAAAUGUGUAAUCUUGUGCCAUGCACCUAGUAAGGGCAAUCAAAAGUGAAGGGUCUUUUGGAGGUUCUAUCUUCAGCUUCAGAGUAUGAUCAGCUUUCCAUAUGGCCGAGGAAGAGGUGGUUUAUAGGUUAAUUAAUCACCGGAGAUUUCCCUUUGGAAUGUAAUGCUUUGCUUCAGGUUCAUUUCUAGGAAAUAUGGGCAGCUUCGUGCAAGAACUGAAAUUGCUCCUGAUCAGAGGGAAAAAUUUCUGCAGAAGUUCCAGCAAGUGCAGCAACAAGGGCCUAGUACCCUUCUUAACAUGCCUUCUCUUGUUGGAGGAAAUCAUAAGCAGUUUUCAGCCCAGCAGCAAAAUCCACUUCCACUUCUGCAGCAGUUUAGUACUCAAGGAUCUUCUGUUUCUUCUCAAUCUGGUAUGGUACUUGGAGUCCAGUCCCCGAGUCUCAGUAGUAUUUCUCCUGCCUCAAUACAGCAGCCACCCAAUUCUGCUCAUUCCCCAUCCAGUCAACAGCCAUUGAUUCCGGGUGUUGCUAAAGAUGCAGAUGUUGGCAAUUCUAAGGUUGAGGAACAGCAGCAACAUCAGAAUUAUGCUGAUGAGUCAACAGCGGAAUCUCCUUCUAGCAAUGGGAUUGGCAAGAAUCUUGCAAUUGAAGAUGAUUUGAAAUCAGCAUAUGCUGUAGAUUCACCUGCAGGAGUAUCUGCCUCUCUUCCAGAAUCUGCUCAAACUUCCAGAGAUAUAGAUUUGUCUCCCGGACAACCAUUACAAUCCAAUCAACCUACUGGUAACCUUGGUGUCAUUGGAAGAAGAAAUGGUGCUGAACUUGGAGCCAUUGGUGAUAGUUUUAGUGGAUCGAGUGUCAAUUCUGGUGGAGUGCGUGAUCAGCUAUAUAAUUUACAAAUGCUCGAGGCAGCACAUCACAAAAUUCCUCUAGCUAAAGACUCAGAACAUCCUAGGACUUAUACUCCUAGGCACCCAACAAUUACACCUUCUAGCUAUCCUCAAAUACAGGCACCUAUAGUUAAUAAUCCUGCCUUUUGGGAGAAAGUGGGACAGGAACCAUUCGGCACUGACACCUUGUUCUUCGCAUUUUAUUAUCAACAGAACACAUACCAACAAUAUUUGGCUGCAAGGGAGCUAAAGAAGCAGUCUUGGAGAUACCACCGAAAGUAUCAUACAUGGUUUCAGCGACAUGAAGAACCCAAAGUUGCUACCGAUGAAUUUGAGGAGGGAACAUAUGUCUACUUUGAUUUUCAUAUUGCAAAUGAUGACCUGCAACAUGGAUGGUGUCAAAGAAUCAAGACUGGAUUCACUUUUGAGUAUAAUUAUCUUGAAGAUGAGCUUGUUGUAUAGAUGAUAACAUCUAUAGUAGCAAUGUGUCUUCUUUGUUAUUAUGCUCCGUUGUGCUUGUGCACAUUUAGUUUCAAUGAAUAUUUUCCUAUUAGACUGAUAAGAUAAUUAUUUUAUCUUCCUAUUAAAUGUAAUAUACCAAACUUAAAAGAUGAAAAAAGUCAUUAAUUUAAUUUUGAUUGUUUAGUACU